AUGUCACAAAGAAACAAACGCAAAGAAAGAUCCUCGCCGGAAUCGCAGACGCAACCACCGUCGUCACCAACUCACGACCCCCACAUUCCUUCGUCUUCUUCAUCUUGUUCUUCGGCCGUUUAUAACUUCCCUUCCGAUCCUUCGACGAAUCCUAUCGUUUUCCCGCCAUUGCCAGAUUUCAAGUUUCUACCAGACGACGAAGACCUAAUCUUGCAUUACUUGAAACCAUUCGUCGAAGGAAACAAAAACUCACUGCACAAUGUCCCUGUUCAUCACGCCAACAUCUACGAAUCCAACCCGGAACAGCUCUCAAGUUUGUUCCCGUCGAUUUCUCAACUUGUACAUACAUCGAAUUGGUUUUUUGUUUGUUUCUUGUAUGUGAAAAUGGCUUUGUUCUUUCGAUUCGAAACAGAGGAAUUCGAAAAGGGUAAUGAUAAAGAAUGGUUCUUUAUAACGGAGAGGCCCAAGUUCCGUGGAGAAGGAAGCGACAACAGUGGAGGAUCAUGGAAGGCAAUAACAUCUCCUGAGAAGAUUGAAGCUGGACAAGGCGUAGUCGGCUACAAAACCAGACUCGAAUACCACAUCGGGAGAUCCGAAAAUGGCGUAAAAUCGGAUUGGUUGAUGAAUGAAUACCGGAUUGAGUCUUCUUCUCACGACGAUAACAAGGUGGAUCAUGCUCUGGGAAAUAUGUAUCUGACGCAAAGUGGAUAUCAGAGAACAGCAGAUGAAGAAAAGAGUGAGAAGAAGAGAGACGAAGAAGGCAUAGCAACAACCGAAAUGGAGGUUGAUCAGCCUUGUACGCAGAAGGAUUAUGCUCUUUGCAAGAUUUACUUGGCAGAAGAUACGGAGGACGAAGAAGAAGAGCUUGAAGCAUCAGAUGAAGAGGAGAUUGAGCAGCAGCCUAGUGAUGUUGCGUUUCAGCAACCGCCUCCGCCGUUUUUCCCUGAUGAGUUGUUUGAGAUGCUCAACGAUCACAACACCCCAGACGAUGUCGAUGGCUUGUUUCUUCCUCACGAUGAUUUAUUUUACACCGGAAGAUAG